AUGAUUGCCGUUCGAGCUGUUUUGCUUGGACGAGCUUUGCCUGAUGUUAGAGAUGAUCUCAAGCCUGUGCAUCGGACAAUCAUGUUGAGUGUUGAAAGUUUUAUGUUUUUUUUUUUCCAGCAAAUAGAAGUUACUGAUUCAGAUUUUUGUGAAUUCAAUAAGGAUCGAACUGAAAAGUCAUUUAGUGAGAACCAGAUAUGGGCUUGUUACGACUCUUUAGAUGUGAUGCCUCGAGGUUAUGUCAUGAUAAACAAGGUUAUCUUUGUAGACCCAUUUAAAGUGUGUAUCACUCAUGAACUGGUCCCAUGA